UUGUCCAUGACGUCAAGAUCCUUAUUUUCCCUUUAAAUUUUCACUCGUCUAUUUACGGGCAUAAGUUUUGUUUUUGUUGUGAAAUCAAACGGAGCUGCAAGAUUUUGACUAAAUUAGUACAAACUCGUACCUUUCCAUCGUGUUUGUUGCUCCAGCGUGAGACAGGGGCCUGUCGCGUUAAUGCUAGCGUGGCGUGAGGAUCUGUGAGCGGUUUUGAUGAUAUUUGAGGUCUCUGAAGACAGUUGCGAGAUGCCUCCUGUAAAAGGGAGACGCGGAGUCAGUGACGCUGAUGAUGAGAGUGACGAUUACAGGAAACGCAGGGACAGGAAUAACGAGGCAGUAAAAAAGAGCAGAUUCAAGUCAAAGCAGAGAACACAAGAAACAUUCACCCGAGUGAGUAAACUAAAGGCAGAGAACCAGAUGCUAGAAGACAAGGUCAAGACCCUCACGAAAGAGCUCCAGUUCCUUAAAGAGUUGUUCCUGGCGCAGGCCACCAAGGCACCGAACCCUAAACUAGAGGGUGUUGAUCUGGAGAAACUUCUAGAGGAUAUACCAGAUGAAAAGAAGUAGAAUUAAGGGGAAUUUACAUAGAACUUAGGACCAUCCCACACUAGCGUCUUUUCAGCGUCGGCGUCUAGUCAGCGCUAUGGAAAAUGGCGUCGCUGCGCAGUUGCGUUGUGUCAAGCAGCAGCUAUAGUUGACUAGACGCUGACGCUCGGGAGACGCUAUAAGGAGAACUUAAUAUUGCCCAACACAUGCCAGUACAAGCUAAGCUGCUUUGAACGAAAAUUUCCUUGCGAGGUGGGUGUCUCAUUCUCAGUGGACCCGCUUAGUCAAUGCAAUUGAAAACUAUUUUAUACUUAUUAACCUUUUCGACGCCGCGUCAAACACAAAAGCUGUCACUCAGACGCCACGUCACCGAAGUGUCAAAACUGAAAUUGAACUUUAUGCACAUGCACGUAGGUCUAUGUUGCUCUGUGGUCUGUGACGCAUUAAUCCGUCUUUGGCGUUGGAUCUGCGGUGCCGAUAUAUCCGUCAUUGGCGUCCAGAAGGUUAAAAAAAUAGUACUAAUAAAAUUUGGGUUGAACUGAAUUUUUAAUGCUUUAGGCAUCACAGAUUAAGUAAGUUAGUUUAAUAAGAAUUGUUUUAUUUAGUACAGAGUACAUUUCGAUAUAUUAUGUAUGUUUGAUGGAAUAAGAAAACAUCAGUUUAUCUUAUCGUGUUCAUAUUAUAUUGUAGUAAGAUCAUAUCAUAUUUAAGUUCAAAAUUUAUUUAUUUGGUAAAUAUAUCUACAAAUUUCUAGACUACUAACAUGCUCAAAAAUAUAUUGACAUUCUUUCUUUCUUAUCUUUCGUUCUUGUUGAAACAAGACUUUGUUUCAUCAAUAACCGGAAAAAUAUUUUUGCAUGUUAAUUGUUGUAGAAUUUUUGCUGCAAUCAUGCCUGAGUUCAACCAAAAUUGGGCUUUUUUAAUGUAAAGUAAAUAUUACGUACCUAAGACCCGGAUUGAUUAAUGAUUAUGUAGUAAAUUACAAUUUAAUUGUUAAUCAAAAUUAUUUCAAUGCACUAUGUUUUAUAAAUAAGGUUUUUUGAUAUAAUAUGCGAUUUUAUAUUUAUACUAAGAUAUUUAUUUAUUUAUUUUCGGAGAACCAACAGCUAUCAAUUAUACAAUAGUUAUAUGACAAAAUAAAAUAAAUGUAGAAUU